GCAAGAGCUAUAGAGGCUGCGCAUGUGUAUCCGUUUAUUUGCAUUUGAGAGAAGAAAUGCAAUAAAUAUAGUUAUUCUGUGGAUUAAGAGCAUUAAUCUAUCUGAAAAUGUCCAAACUGCAGCUGUUGAAUACGUUUCUCACCGAGCGAUUAACUGCGGCGGCUGUUGAGAUAUUUGGGGCAGUGGAAAAAACGAUAACGGAGUACCAGGAAGAAAUCUCCCGUUCAAAGGAGGAGAUCGAUCAUCUACGAAGGCAACUGCACAUAGUUACCCAACCGAAGAUAAAGUUAUAUAAAGCAGAUACCCAGCAGCUCAUUCUCCCUGUCCCUGAGGAGGUUCCCCUUGAGCAGCAGCACUGUGAGCAGGAGUGGACCCCAGGUCUGGGGCAGGAGGACUCAGACCCCACACAGAUUAAAGAGGAACGGGAAGAACUCAGGACCAAUCAGGAGGAAGAGCAGCUUCAGGGGCUGGAGUCUGAUACCAACAUUCUAACAUGUUCUCCUCCCUUUGUGAAAAGUGACAGUGAUCAGGAUGACCCACAUAAGUCCUCCCAACUUUACCACAUACAAACUGUAGAGAACAGAGAGAGGGACCCACUACCUACCAGCAGAAUUGAAGAGAUCAAAAUAGAACCCGAUGAUGAGGAUUACAGAGUAUCAGAACCAACCAGUGACUCUCAAACCCUCUCUGGAGUAACCCCUUACAGCUCUGUGAGCACAUUAAAUAUGAAUCAGCUAAUUGGCAAUGCAGAAUCAGACAAACCAUUUCAGUGCAAUGUAUGUGGCAAAUUCCUCAAGAGGGAAAAAAGUCUUAUCGUGCAUAUGAUGGGUCAUGCAGGAGAGAAACCAUUUACAUGUCCUUUAUGUAACAAAGGCUUUGUUGCGGUAGGCACUUUAAAGACACACCUGAAACUUCACACAGGGGAAAGGCCACACCGUUGCCAUGUUUGUGGAAGAUGCUUUAAACUGAAAGGAGCCCUGACGGAGCACAUGAGGAUACACACUGGGGAGAAACCAUUUAGCUGCCAUGAUUGUGGCAAAUGCUUCAGUCGGACGAAUGCCCUUACGAAUCACAUGCUGCACAUUCACAAGAAGAAAAGAACGUACAAGUGACCUGCGGAGAAAGAGUCUGUCUGAAAAGUAGCCUUCUAUCUAUAUGGCACACUUAAGUAAUGCCCUUUUAAUUGAAUAAAGUAUGGGUCAAUAUUUGAAGGAAUAAACGCAUUGACCGUUUACUAAACAACAGGUAUUCUCAUGUUAUGAAGCUAUAGAUAGUUAGGAGCCUCUGUCAUCCAUCUAUUAUUCAAACAAAAUGAUUGAAGACCAUACAUACACGAAGUUCAAGUCUACUCAUUUUAUUUAUUUAAAAAAAAAAGUCUGUGGGUCUAAAAAAAGCCCAUUUUACAUUGGAAUAACAAAACCCAAGGGAUAAGAGGUGUUUCCAUUUGCCAACCUUGAAUAGAUGUCACUAAUCCACUGCAAGAGAAUGUUUUUCCUCGCUGCAGAGAUAGGAACGUUGUACAGCCUUCUGUGACACACGUAACAUGCUCAAUAGGGAGAACUAACAGCAAAGAAAUUGAUUUUCAUUCUAGGUCAACCCAUGGAUUUUUUUUCAAUUUCUUGAAGGACCUUUAGACCAGUACCUUUGUAAUUUGGAACAUGGCCAUAAGAAAUGUGUAAGGGUGCGUGUAUCAGUUUUACAUUUAAGAUACUGAGGAGAGGAGAAAGGGUUAAAAGCAUGUCUGCAAUUUGGAGAUAUAUGCAAUGUGUGCUUUAUUCUUAAUUGGAUUGCUCUAAUGCGAUUACAGAUAGAUAUUGUUUUUGCAUAUCUCCAAAUGUCCUCCCACAUCUCCUCAACAAUAGUAACAGACAGUUCAUUCUCACACACUCACUUGACCUCCUGUGUAUCUACAGUAGAAUAGGACCUUAAAGUAUCAUAAAAUAAACUUACAGACAUUUUGCGUCGUGAAGAAAACAAGCAUUCUUUCAAUGACAGACAUCAGGGUUGCCAACCAAGUUGUUGGUUGAAAACGUGUCUACUACUUUUUCAAGCUAAGAAAUUAAUAUAAAGAGAUAAAUUAACUAAUGCCACGGGAGCUUGCUGAAACACAGUGUUUACUCUAACCAAAAGGGUUUUAGAGUCGAGACAAUAGGUGGCCAUUUCAAAAACCCAAACAAUGCAUUUGGGGCAGCAGUGACCUCCAAGAGCAUUUAUUGCAGUGCAGAACCGAGAGCCACUUGAUUUUAGGUCUGUUUGGCCGGAUCAUACCCGGUCUGAUUAGCAUCAUUUGCCGAUGGGGGCGCAUCAUAUGUGUGCCAAGCAUCAUCUGCAUGUGGCCCAUUGGUGUUCGCAUACCUGGACCUACAGGACAGCAAAGAUCACAGAUAUCUUAACUGGUUUCACUUGUUAUUCACAUUAGAUCCUAAUCAUGGUCGAGUAUACAUGUCCCUUAUGAAUCCAUUCUAUCAAAUCUUGGUGAAAAAUACAUCUCAAAGUUAUGACCUUGACCAUGCAUGAACUACUGUAUUUUGUUCAAUGAAGAUAUUGGUGAUCAGCAGUAGAUACAUUUUUUAAACGCAGGUGAGAACUUGUAGAUCUUUAAUCCAAUUCCUAUCAAAAAUAUAUUUACAUCAACAAUAUAUAAUUUAAGUGUUGGGGCAACAAUCUUACCUCCAGGCAUCUUUCCAUGUGGUGGGGGGCCCCUCAUUUGCAUCAUAGGGGGACCAUGACCACCCAUAUGGGGCCCAGGUACUGGUAGCAUGCCUGGGCGUGGAGGGCCACCUGGGGUUCACAAAUCACAGGUUUAUUGCUGCGUUCAUAACCAAGUGGGAAGGGGGUAAUUAACAGUUGUGAAGUCAUAAAAAACAGUUGAAUGCUUUCAUGGUGAAAUGGUUGAGAAACACAAAUUGGCUAAUGGCAAACAAGCUUUGUCAACCAUAAACUAAAACAACAGCUAUCAUGAUUAUAAACAAAUUAUAGUGUUCAAAAACAAUAUCAAUAGAUUGCUUUUUAUAAAUAAUGUUUUGUUGUUGCAUUUAACUGCUGAAAAUUGUUAUCAAAGUCAUUUAUUUAGUAGGUAAUAUCAGAGUUCAGCCUUUAAGAGAAGUCAGAGCUCAGGGAUCCCACUAGUAAUUCUGAGCUGGAGGGGCGUUUCCCAGUCUCAUGCUCAUUUUUACAAUAGUAGGAGAUGUUAUGAACGCUGCAAAAGCUCAGUCCCCAACACACCAAGUUAUCAGUAUAGGGCCGGCAUUAUUGGCGGGCCUUAGGGGGCCUGGCCCACCGUACUGUACCUCCUUGCCCAUCCAAAUAAAACAUUUAAAUAUUGAUCAUUCAUUUGACCGAGACGCAAGCCAAAAUAAUGACACAUCAAUCCUAGAUUAAGCCUCUGAGCGAGAAAAACAGUGCUCCUCUGUCUCAGUAUGUGUAGUCCAUUAAUCUGAUGCUGUCUGGCCAAAAAGAGUAAGGCAUGUCAUACUCUUUUUUUGCCAGACAGCAUCAGAUACAUGGGUGACAUAUAGUAAGACAGAGGGACGCUGUUUCGCUCGCUUGAAUGCUUUCUCCAGUGAAAUUGUUUCAGUCACUUACAAAUUCAAGGGAAGUUGGCGGGUGCACAGUGCACUGUUCGGAUGCUGGAAUUAUUUUGGAUGAACGUGCGAAGUUAACCUACUUUUUGAAGAUAUUUUUUUGACAAGCUGAUAAAAACAUAACGGACUAGGGAACCAGUGAGCGGACUAGGCGGGAUCUUCCCCGAUUGGAAGGCAUCCGGUGAGGAGGAAAACACAAGGCAACAUGUUAACCUAUUGUAGCGACCCAAUACCUAAACAAACAACACCUAGGAGGUGUUGGGUUGACAGUGGCUGGAACCUGGUUUGAGUCCCGGUCAAGGCUACCCCUCAAUUCACUACAAUUCACUACAUUGGUGUGAAACGUGGGAUGGUGCCAGUGAGGCCAUCGGAGAGGCGUUUGUUAAAGUGAAGGUCUUGGCAUAAAGAAGCGUGAGAAUUCAAAGGAAGGGGGUAGUGUCGUGACCUUAAAAGAGGUUGGGAUCUCUGUCCUUGAUGAUUAGUGCGUAAGGGCUAAGGUGUUGGGCUGACAGUCACUGGACUGUUCAAGUUCAAAUCCUGGUCAGGGCUACCCCUGAAUUCGCUACAUUAUUCACACUAUAUGAUUGUUAUGGGUGUGUGGGGCUUGUGAAUGUUUUGCAUCUGCAUAAACUGUUGCUAAUAAACAAAACUGCAUAGAA